AUGGGAGGAUAUAUAAUAGCAUCCCCGAAUGAGAUCAAGCAAUUACAAGAAGCAGAGGCACGCAACUCACGUAUUGCUCGACUCAAGCAGGUUAGAGAGCAGGAGAGGAUACUAGCCGUAGGAAGGAGAUCUAACUAUAGAACUAUUGCGGAUGAAGCGUGGCAUGAUGUUGCUGAAGUAUUACAGGAGUCAUGGUCGUCAAAGAGGAUACAUGAUUUACAUGAAUUGGAAGCUCUCAAGUCGAAAUUGAUGCUGCAGCUUGGGUUUUCUCAUCGUCAAGCUGAACAAGUUUCUGCUCAACAAAUAAUUAUGCGACAAGAACUCAUUGAUAUGACGCUGAAACGACAGACUGAGGAAGCAGAAAGAGGAAAUUAUGCCUUGACAAUGGUGGAAUUAGAGCGUCAGAAACUCCUCGAACCAAUCCACCAACAACAGCAACUCCGUACAUCAAUCUACACCCACGAACGUCAACGAGCUUCCAAAAUGGCUGAAAAGCAUCGAUAUAAACUCCUACAUAGUGCUAUUGACGUUGACCUUACUGCUCACGAGCGACCUCAUCACACACGACCGUCUACACAAGCAUCGAAAACGGCAUAUGAUGAUACAAUGUACCAUCGAGAUUAUGUUGUUACGAAGGUGGAUAAUACUAGUUUUGCAGGUGAUGCGAGGUAUAGAGUGAAUGCUAUGGAAGCAGCUCCGAGAGCUUCUGCUAUUGCUCAAGAGAUGUGGGAAAGGCAUGCUGAGAGGAGGGCACAGUAUGCUGGUGUUGCUAAGGAGAGAUAUGUGGAUGCUAUGCAUGAUGUUCAGAUGGAAAAGCAAAAGCAACGCAUGUAUGGUUUGCUCGAAGAAUUGCAAAAGGACUACAUACGUGAGAAGCAGUUACAGCCUAGAAAAGAAACGGUGGAUUCUAGAGUCCGUCUUGAGAAUAUUGAAAAGACUUUUGAGAAGAAUUUUGGGAUAUAUUUGGGGUGA